AUUCCGAGAGAGAGGACAGACCCUCCUGAACCCAGCUGUGUCUCCAUGAAGAGUGACCGGUCAAUGGGCAGAUUAAUAGAAUUCAGAGAGGACAACAGUUCUGCUGAUCUCAGACUGGAUCAGGAUAAGAGAUCAGACUCACCUGAACCCAGCUGUGUCUCCAUGAAGAGUGACCAGUCAAUGGAAGAACCUCUUUACUUCAGAAAGGACAACAGUUCUGCUGAUCUCAGAGUCCAGAAGGAGACUCCAGAAAUCAGCAGGAGAAAUAUGGACUCCAUAUUAAAGGAACUGGAGCACAAAGUCAUCACUCUGGUAAAGAAUCAGCUGGAGAGGUUUGUGAAGAUCCUGAAUCUGGAUUACCCAGCAUGCUCUGGGAGAGAGAAGGAGGAUGAGGAGGAUCAGAGUGGUGUCAGAGAGGGAGCGCUGAAGAUCACACUGCACGCCCUGAGAAACAUGAACCAGACAGACCUCGCUAACAAACUGCAGACCAAACUGGCUCCUUCCUGCCACCGAAAGCUCAAAUCAACACUGAAGGGAAAAUUUGAGAAAAUUAAUGAAGGAAUCACAAAUGCUGGAACCUCAACCCUUCUGAAUGAGAUCUACACAGAUCUGUACAUCACAGAGGGAGGGAGUGGAGAGGUCAAUAAUGAACAUGAGGUCAGACAGAUUGAAGCAGCAUCCAGGAGACCAGCAACACAGGAGACACCCAUCAAAUGUAACGACCUCUUUAAAGACCAGUCCAUCAGAACUGUGCUGACUAAAGGAGUUGCUGGAAUUGGAAAAACAGUCUCUGUGCAGAAGUUCAUUCUGGACUGGACUGAAGAAAAAGCCAAUCAGGAUGUUCUCUUAAUAUUUCCACUUCCUUUUAGAGAACUGAAUCUGAUGAAAACUGAAAAACUCAGUCUGGAGGAUCUUCUUUAUCAGUUUUUUAAAGACACAAAAUACUUAAAACCAGGAGAUUAUCAUCGUUACAAAGUCAUGUUCAUCUUUGAUGGUCUGGAUGAAUGUCGGCUUCCUCUAGAUUUCCAGAACAAUAAGAGAGUAUCUGAUGUAACACAGUCAGCCUCAGUGGAUGUGCUGCUGACAAACCUCAUCCAGGGGAACCUGCUUCCCUCUGCUCUCCUAUGGAUAACUACUCGACCAGCAGCAGCCAAUCAGAUCCCUCCUGACUGUAUUGAUCAGAUAACAGAGGUACGAGGGUUCAGUGACCCUCAGAAAAAGGAAUACUUCAGGAAAAGGAUCAGAGAUCAGAGCCUUGCUAAAAGAAUCAUUACACACAUGAAGUCCUCCAGAAGCCUCUACAUCAUGUGCCACAUCCCAGUCUUCUGCUGGAUCUCAGCCACUGUUCUAGAGAGGAUGUUGGGUGAAGCAGAGGGAGGAGAGAUCCCCAAGACUCUGACUCAAAUGUUCACACACUUCCUUAUCUUUCAGAUCAAACACCGCAGCCAGAAGUACCACAGAAAAAGUGAUGUUGAUCUUGACCAGACUAGAGAGAUUAUUCUGGCUCUGGGAAAACUGGCUUUCCAACAGCUGGAGAAAGGAAACCUGAUCUUCUAUGAGGAAGAUCUGAGAGAGUGCAGCAUUGAUGUCAGAGAAGUGUUUGUGUACACAGGAGUGUGCACCCAGAUCUUCAGACAGGAGUUUGGACUUCACCUGGGGAAGGUUUUCAGCUUUGUGCAUCUGAGUGUUCAGGAGUUUCUGGCUGCUUUAUAUGCGUUUCUGUCCUUCAUCUCCAACAACAGAAAUGUGCUGCAACAGAAACACAGUGGAUUUGGUUUCUCCGAAAAAGGAACAAUGUCUGACUUCCUGAAGAGAGCCGUGAACAAGGCCUUACAGAGUGAGAACGGACACCUGGACCUUUUCCUCCGAUUCCUUCUGGGUCUCUCACUGGAGUCCAAUCAGACUCUCUUACGAGGUCUUCUGAUACAGACAGAGAACAUCUCUCACAGUAAAGAGGAAGUAGUGAAGUACAUCAAGCAGAAGAUCAGGGAGAAUCCCUCUCCAGAGAAAACUAUCAGUCUGUUCCACUGUCUGAAUGAACUGAAUGAUCAUUCUCUAGUGCAGGAAGUCCAGAAAUACCUGAACAGAGAAGGUUCCAGUUAUCUCAGUAGAGUUACUCUCUCUCCUGAUCAGUGGUCAGCUGUGGCAUUUGUGAUGCUGAAUUCAGAAGAGAAGGUGGAUGAGUUUGAGUUGAAGAAAUUUGAUAAAUCAGAAGAAUGUCUUCUGAGGCUGCUGCCAGUGGUGAAAGUAUCCAGGAAGGUUGUGCUGUGUGACUGCAGUAUUACAGAGAAAGGCUGUGCUGCUCUGUUUUCAGCUCUGAAAUCAAACCCCUCCCACAUGAAAGAGCUGAAUCUGACCUACAGUAAACCAGGAGAUUCAGGAGUGAAGCUGCUCUCUGAAAUACUGAUGGAUCCACUUUGUAAACUGAAUAAACUACAGCUGGAAGUCUGCAGUAUUACAGAGAAACACUGUGCUGAUCUGGUUUCAGCUCUGAAAUUAAACCCCUCAGAGCUACGAGAGCUGAAUUUGAGCUACAAUAAACCAGGAGUGAAGUUUAUCUCUGGUUUACUGAAAGAUCCACGCUGUAAACUGGAGAAACUACAGCUGGAAUUCUGCAGUAUUACAGGAGAAGACUGUGCUGCUCUGGUUUCAGCUCUAAAAUCAAACACCUCCCACCUGAGAGAGCUGAAUCUGAACUACAACAAACCAGGAGAGUCAGGAGUGAAGCUGCUCACUGAUCUACUAAAGGAUCCUCACUUUAAACUGGAGAAACUACAGCUGGAAUUCUGCAGUAUUACAGGAGAAGACUGUGCUGCUCUGGUUUCAGCUCUAAAAUCAAACCCCUCCCACCUGAGAGAGCUGAAUCUGAACUACAAUAAACCAGGAGAGUCAGGAGUGAAGCUGCUCUCUGAUCUACUGAAGGAUCCUCACUAUAAACUGGAGAAACUACAGAUCCGUGACUCUUCACAAUUACGUGAACUAAAUUUAAACAAGAAAGGGAUAGGAGAUUCAGGAGUGAAGCUGCUCUCUGAUCUACUGGAGGAUCCUCACUGUAACCUGGAGAAACUACAGCUGUAUGGGUGUAAUCUAUCAGAUAAAAGCUGUGCAGAUCUGGCCUCAGCUCUCAGCUCAAACUCCUCAACUCUGAGAGAACUGUACCUGGGUGGUAAUAAACUGCAGGAUUCAGGAGUGAAGCUGCUCUCUGCUGGACUGAAGAAUCCACACUGUAAACUGGGGAAACUGGGGCUGUGGAGGUGUAAUCUAUCAGAGAAAAGCUGUGCAGAUCUGGCCUCAGUUCUCAGCUCAAACUCCUCAACUCUGAGAGAACUGAACCUGAGUGGUAAUGAACUGCAGGGUUCAGGAGUGAAGCUGCUCUCUGCUGGACUGAAGAGUUCACACUGUAAACUGGAGAAACUGUGGCUGUAUAACUGCAGUAUUACAGAAGAAGGCUGUGCUGCUUUAGCUUCAGCUCUGAAAUCAAACCCCUCACACCUGAGAGAGCUGCAUCUGAACUCCAAUAAACCAGGAGAGUCAGGAAAGAAGCUGCUCUCUGAUCUACAGAAGGAUCCUCACUUUAAACUGGAGAAACUAUACUUCUGAAAAUCUGACCUGCUCUUAUUGGACAAUCUGGGCUCUUCAUCGGCUCUUCAUUCAGCUCUUCUGUGGAGUUUAGAAGCUUCCAAAAUGUUCAUAUGAGCUGAAGUGAGAUCCGGCUGUUCAGCAGCUGGAAUAGCUGAACUAAACAGUAACAGAUCAUUAUCAGAACAGCUCUAAUCUUCUUAUCAGAGUGGAAAUAGAACCUUGUUGAUUUCUAUAUUGUGGAGUUUAGUAGGAAAGUGGGAGCCUUGUCUGUCAAAAACUGAAAUUUUCACAGAUGAUAUUUUGGUUCCAGAAGAUUCUUAAUUCCUACGGAAAGUCAGUAAGAGGUAGAGCAGCAUUUUCAGACUCUUGGGUAAAUACCCCGAGCUCUAAAUCAUUGGUUGUGCUAAAAUGUGGUGUGGAAUCUGGUUUAGAGAGAUCUGAAUCUACACAUACAGUAUAGUACACUUUUAUAUUCUGUAUAGCAGGCA